AAUUGAAGUCCAUAAAGUUGGGUAACAUCAAAAGGAACUUCGUGUCUCAUCAAAGAAAAUCAACUUGGACAUUACUAAAAACAUGGAGAAGAUGAAAAAUUUCGCUGUCGUCGAUUUUUAUACCGAAAGGACCUCCGAUGGGAAACUUGUUAUUGCAGUGGUUCCGAAGGAAUGGAUGAAGUGGAACAAUGGCAACUGGUCGACUUAUUGGCCAUCUAAGGUAGCAAAAAAACAACUCGUUGAGUGGCAAAGCAGUGGAAAAUCACCCAAAAAUGAUUGGUCACAUCAUACUGAAAUAGAAAUUCUCACCUGGGCUGAUAAUUUCAUGUCCGCUGAACGGAGGUGCGACAGGGCACGAACUCAGCGUGAGAAUCUGAAUUCCUCAGGCAUGGAAAAUACACCACGUAGCACGGUAAAGGUAGUGUCUAGGAACACUGCAAGAGAUUCGAUGGAGGCAACUGAAAGCUCAGACUCAAAUGAAAGGGCUUCAACGUCAGAAACGAAAGUUUUCGAGGUUAUCAACGAUACCAGAAUCCAGUGA